CCCCCCCGCAUCGGCCAUCACCAUGGCGACCAAUUUUAACGACAUCAUCAAGCAAGGCUACGUGAGGAUGAAGAGCAAGAAGCUGGGGAUCUACCGGCGCUGCUGGUUGGUCUUCCGCAAGUCCUCCAGCAAAGGGCCCCAGCGCCUCGAGAAGUACCCGGAUGAGAAGUCUGCCUGCCUGCGGGGGUGCCCCAAGGUCACGGAGGUCAGCAACGUGAAGUGCAUCAGCAGGCUGCCCAAGGAGACCAAGCGCCAGGCCGUGGCCAUCGUCUUCACCGACGACUCCGCCAGGACCUUCACCUGCGACUCGGAGCUGGAGGCAGAGGAGUGGUACAAGACCCUGUCGGUGGAGUGCCUGGGCGCCCGCCCCAGCGACAUCAGCCUGGGGGAGCCAGACCUGCUGGCGCCCGGCGUGCAGAGCGAGCAGACGGACCGCUUCAACGUCUUCCUCCUGCCCUGCCCCAACCUGGAUGUUUAUGGCGAGUGCAAGCUGCAGAUCACCCACGAGAACAUCUACCUCUGGGACAGGCACAACCCCCGCCUCAAGCUGCUCUCCUGGCCCCUCUGCUCCCUGCGCCGCUACGGCCGCGACGCCACCCGCUUCACCUUCGAGGCUGGGCGGAUGUGUGACGCAGGGGAAGGCCUCUACACCUUCCAGACCCCGGAGGGGGAGCAGAUCUACCAGCGGGUGCACAGUGCCACCUUGGCCAUCGCCGAGCAGCACAAGAGGGUCCUGCUGGAGAUGGAGAAGAACGUCAGGCUGCUGAACAAGGGCACCGAGCACUUCUCCUACCCCUGCACCCCGACCACCAUGCUGCCCCGCAGCGCCUACUGGCACCACAUCACCGGCUCCCAGAACAUGGCUGAGGCCUCCUCUUAUGCUGGGGAAGGCUGUGCAGGGCCCCAGGCCAGCUCGGACACCGACCUCCUCAACAGGUUCCUCUUGCUGAAGCCAAAGUCCUCCGGCAGCGCCCAGCCUGCAAGCAGGGAGCCCACAUCCACCCCCUGAGCUGCCAGCUGGAGGGGCUGGGGGCCUUGUGGGGGGAGCAGGAGCCCCAGGGAGGGUUCCCUGUGUCCUCCCUGAGGAGGGGCCAGGGCGCAGGCAGCUGCCCCCCCAGCCAGCAGGGCCCCAGCUGGGGGCAUGCUCCGUGCCAGGGUGCCCUGGGCUGAGGGUGCUGGAGGUGAGGGCUGCCCGGCCCCGGCCUGGGACUUGGAACCUGCUGAAGGAAGCAGAAGAGAUUUUUCUCCCUUCUCACACCAAGAGGCUGCUGCAGAGCCCUCAGAGGGCUUGGACU